GCAUAGGGAUCCAUCAGGUUGCGGCAUAGAAAUAAACAAAAUUUUGUAUUUAGAACAUUUUUUUAUAAAUUUUUUUCGAAAAUAAGUUUACGAAAAAUUCAACAAAAUAAAUAAAAAUGGACACAGAUAGUGAUAAUGAGAAUGAAAACGAAAAUGAAGUGAAUUUAACUGGAUUUUUGUUUGGUAACAUCGAUUCAGCGGGUAGACUUGAGGCCGAUUUAUUUGACAAUGAAUCAAAGAAGCAAUUAUCGUCGUUGGCAAGGUUGGGCAUUGGCAAUUUGCUGGAAGUUAUGCACGAAGAAGAGUUGGAUAGUAGAGAAGAGGAUGGACAUGCCGAAAAAGAUAACGAUGAUUACGAAGACAAAAAGUCUGAUACAGCCGAAGAUUUUAGUGAUAUAACUGAAUUAGCGGAAGAUUUACAAACUGCCAUGCAGCCAAGUGUGAUGCCAACUGCAAGUGGAGAUGAUUACGAUGACAUUGAAGCAGCCAUUCCGGCGACGACGGUUAGACUGGACAGUUCGAAUCGUGUUGUUACACAGUCAAAAGAACCCGAAACCAUUUCCAAAGAUAAUGAUAAAGAAUUAAUGCCACCACCGAGCCUUCCGAUCAAAAGCCAAAUCAGUCACGAUUCGUCAAAAUCAGAGAAUAGUGGAACAGGUGACGAAGGAAAGAAUAUUGAUCGAAAAUUGGAAACACCACUCGCUGCGAUGCUACCAUCAAAAUACGCCAAUGUCGAUGUUCGUGAAUUGUUUCCCGAUUUCCGUCCGGACAAAGUUUUGAGAUUUUCACGCCUAUUUGGCCCUGGAAAACCGACUAGUUUACCACAAAUUUGGCGUAGCGUUCGCAAAAAGAGACGAAAACGAAAACAAUCAAAGGAGGUUCGGAAUCAAAAAGAUGGUUCCGACUCAACCAGUGAAACGGAUGAGAAAAAUGAAAGAAGAAAUAUGGGCUUUUUAACAUUAUGCUAUGGUCCUGAACCAACGCCAGCUCAAAUUGCUGUCGAUGAUGAAUAUCUAUUGAUGCGUGAAAUAUCCGACGAAUCACACGAAAAAACACCCGAUAAUAACGAAAACGGUGAUGCCAAGCCAAAAGUUGCCGAUUGGCGAUAUGGGCCGGCGCAAGUAUGGUACGACAUGCUUGAUGUUCCUCCAUCCGGAGAGGGAUUUAACUAUGGUUUCAAAGUGAAAGACAACAAAGUUGUUGAACAACAACCGGAAAAGGAAGCGAUCACAGAGGAUCCAAUUCCGGACGAUGCAUAUUUAAUGGUUUCACAAUUGCAUUGGGAAGACGAUGUUGUAUGGGAUGGUAAUGAUAUAAAACAUAAAGUGCUACAAAAAUUGCAUUCAAAAACAAAUGCUGCAGGUUGGUUACCAUCGAGUGGAUCACGAACGGCUGGCGCAUUUAGUCAACCGGGUCAUGGCAAAGGACCGAAUGCAACAAGUGGCACGGCGACUACAUCAAAAAUGACAAAUACACCGUCCAACUCGAAAUUAUCGAAAAGCCAGGCGCUACUUCAAAAACUUGAAGAAACUGACGACACAUGGUACAGUAUAUUUCCGGUUGAAAACGAAGAACUCAUUUACAGUCGAUGGGAAGAUGAAGUUAUUUGGGAUGUUGAUGCAAUGCCAAAAGUACCCAAACCGAAAAUGCUUUCACUAGAUCCAAACGAUGAAAACAUCAUUUUGGGCAUACCCGAUGAUAUCGAUCCAUCGAAAAUUGUUAAAAAUACAAGACCACCACCAAAAGUGAAAAUACCACAUCCACACGUUAAGAAAUCAAAGAUUUUACUCGGCAAAGCUGGUGUUAUCAACGUUUUGGCGGAAGAUACACCACCUCCACCACCAAAAUCACCCGAUCGAGAUCCAUUCAAUAUUUCGAAUGAUACAUUCUAUAUGGCCAAAUCGUCGGAAAGUACGAUGCGAAUGAAGGUUGGUGGAGGUAAUUUAAUUCAACAUUCAACACCAGUUGUUGAACUACGUGCACCAUUCAUUCCAACGCACAUGGGACCAAUCAAAUUGCGUGCAUUCCAUCGGCCGCCAAUGAAAAAAUAUUCACACGGACCAUUGCAUGGAACUGCACCGCAUGGUGUUCAACCACUUCUCAAACAUAUCAAAAAGAAGGCGAAGCAAAGAGAAUUGGAGCGAAUUGCGUCUGGAGGUGGUGACGUAUUUUUCAUGAGAAAUCCAGAAGAUUUAUCGGGUAAAGAUGGUGAAUUGAUUUUAGUGGAAUUCACCGAGGAACAUCCGCCGCUUAUGAAUCAAGUCGGUAUGUGUUCGAAGAUAAAGAAUUACUAUAAAAGAAAGGCUGAAAAGGAUUCAUGUCCGCCGGAAUAUCGUUAUGGUGAAAUUGCGUACGCGCACACAAGUCCAUUUUUGGGUAUUUUACAACCAGGAAAAUGUAUACAAACACUCGAGAAUAAUAUGUAUCGUGCACCAAUUUAUCCACACAGUGUCUCACCGACUGAUUUCUUACUCAUUCGAACAAGAAACGAAUAUUUUAUUCGUGAGAUUGAUGCACUAUUCACCGUAGCCCAAGAGUGUCCAUUGUACGAAGUGCCUGGUCCAAAUUCGAAGCGUGCAAAUAAUUUUGUUCGUGAUUUCUUGCAAGUGUUUAUCUAUCGAUUGUUUUGGAAAAGUAAAGAUCAACCGCGUCGUAUUCGAAUGGAUGACAUUAAACGAGCUUUUCCGGGUCAUUCAGAAAGUAGUAUACGUAAGCGUUUGAAACAGUGUGCCGAUUUCAAGCGUACCGGUAUGGAUUCGAAUUGGUGGGUCAUUAAACCAGAAUUUCGUUUACCAUCCGAAGAAGAAAUUCGAGCUAUGGUCUCGCCAGAACAAUGUUGUGCAUACUUUAGUAUGAUUGCUGCCGAACAGCGUCUAAAAGAUGCCGGUUACGGUGAGAAAUUUAUUUUCGCACAACAAGAUGAUGACGAUGAAGAGCAACAAUUAAAAAUGGACGACGAAGUAAAAGUUGCACCGUGGAAUACAACACGAGCCUAUAUUCAAGCAAUGCGUGGCAAAUGUUUGUUGCAAUUGACCGGACCAGCCGAUCCGACUGGUAUGGGUGAAGGUUUCUCAUAUGUUCGAAUUCCAAAUAAGCCAACGCAAACAAAAGAAGAAAUUGAAUCACAACCAAAGCGCACAGUCACCGGUACCGAUGCCGAUUUGCGACGUCUUUCAUUAAAUAAUGCAAAAGAAAUUCUCCGAAAAUACGAUGUACCCGAAGAAGAAAUUAAAAAAUUAUCACGUUGGGAGGUGAUCGAUGUGGUGCGUACAUUGUCAACGGAAAAAUCAAAAGCCGGCGAAGAAGGAAUGGACAAAUUUUCCCGUGGAAAUCGUUUUUCAAUUGCCGAACAUCAAGAGCGUUAUAAAGAAGAGUGUCAACGUAUUUUCGAUUUGCAAAACAAAGUUUUGGCCAGCAGUGAAGUGUUGUCAACGGACGAAGGUGAAUCGAGCGUAUCGGAAGAGUCGGAUAUUGAAGAAUUGGGUAAAAAUUUGGAAAAUAUGCUUGCCAAUAAAAAGACAUCGGUACAAUUGUCAAUGGAACGUGAAGAACAAGAACGACAAGAAUUGCUGAAGAAAAUUAUGGAAGAGCGAGAAGCGGCACCAAAAGAUUCAAAGAAAAAAGAAGAAACAUCACCAAUUGCGCCACACUUGCAACCCGGUCGUAUUUUGAAAAUUACAAGAACAUUCAAAAAUACGGAAGGCAAAGAGUUUACACGAGUGGAAAUCGUUCGAAGGCCACAAGUGAUAGAUGCAUAUGUGCGAAUUCGACAGUCAAAAGACGAAGCAUUCAUUAGACAAUUUGCAACACUCGAUGAAGCUCAAAAGGAGGAAAUGAAACGUGAAAAACGUCGUAUUCAAGAGCAAUUGCGACGCAUCAAGAGAAAUCAGGAAAAAGUGAAUAUGUUACAGCAACAACAAAGCCAAAAUCUUUUGACACAAGGUGUAUCACAACCAUUGGGCGAAUCGCCGACAAAUCCAUCAAAACUUGGCACAUCUUUGUCCAAAGAUACAACCGCUGGAAAAGAAAUAAGCCCAUCACGCCGAAAAAUCAAGCUGAAACCUGAUCUCAAAUUAAAAUGUGGCGCAUGCGGUCAAGUGGGUCAUAUGCGUACGAACAAAGCGUGUCCAUUGUACACCGGAACCGUUCCACAACCAUCAUUGAUGGUUGCCUUAACGGAAGAACAAGAAGAAGACUAUGAACGUGAACUUAUGAAUGAUGAUGACGAAGAUUUGGUCAAUGUGGAUGGAACAAAAGUGAAAUUGAGUGGAAAAUUGUUGAAACGACACGAAGACGUUAAGCGUCGGGCAUUGCUGCUAAAAGUACCAAAAGAAGCGGUUAAUAAAGGUAAACGACGACGCACCGGAACCGAUCAACAUUGUGAUUAUUUGCGACAUAAUAAAACGGCAAAACGAAUUCGAACCGAUCCGGUCAUUGUGAUGGCAUCCAUCCUCUUGCAAAUUCUCAAUGAGCUCAGAGAUUUACCAGACGCUCAGCUUUUUAUCAAACCGGUUACCUCAAAGGAAGCACCAGAUUACUUCAAAGUUGUUCAACGUCCAAUGGAUUUACAACAAAUUCGUGAAAAUCUUCGAAAGAAUAAAUAUCAAAGUAGAGAGGACUUUUUGGCCGAUGUUAAUCAAAUUGUUGAGAAUAGUAGCUUGUAUAAUGGUCCAAAAAGUCCACUUACUGCUGCCGCACAGAGAAUGCUACAGAAAUGCGUUGAAUGUUUGGCCGAAAAGGAAGAGCGACUAAUGCGGUUGGAGAAAGCGAUCAAUCCAUUAUUGGAUGAUAAUGAUCAAGUGGCAUUAUCAUUCAUAUUCGAAAAAUUACUAAACGAAAAACUAAAAAAUAUGCGAGAAAGUAACGUAUUUAAGAAACCAGUCAAUCGGAAACAAUUUAAAGACUACUAUUCGGUUAUUAAGAAACCAAUGGAUUUAGAAACCAUAUCGACGAAAGUUGCAGCGCAUAAAUAUCAUUCGCGGGCUGAAUUCAUAUCCGACAUUGUUUUGAUUGCUAACAAUUGUGAACAAUAUAAUGGUGCUGAUUCGGAGCUCACAAAAGAUGCCCGAGUUCUGGUUGAUGCCACUAAGAAAUCAUUGGACGAGUUUGCCGAUCAUUGCGCACAAUUGGAGAAAAAUAUCGCCAUCGUUCAAGAGAGAGCUAAAAUGGAAGCUGAAAUUGAUGAAUCAUGGCCUGAAGAUGAUAAUGAUAAUCGAAAUAUGAGUCGUGCCAGUUCACCAGAAAAUGACUUUGUUGAUGUUGAAUCAACUGAUAAUCGGCCACAAUCUUCGGCAUCCGCAAAUUCACAAAAACCAUCUACUUCAUCUGGGAUGCCAGUUACACCAGAAGCCAAACGUAAUCGUGGUCGUCCACGCAAAUUGAAAGAGACACCCGAUGGAAAAGGAUGGAAGAAACGUGGACGAGGAAGACCACGUAAAAAUAGUAUGACAUCAGAUUUAAGCAACACACAAAAUUCAUAUUUGGAAGAAGAUUUACAAUUUUCGUCGGACGAUGGUGAAUUCGAAGAAGUGAUUGGUGAAAAUGAAAUCGUUGCUGCCACUUUGGGCCAGGGCGAAGCAUUGGCCAGAAGCUCACAGCCUGUCAACUAUGCUCCAGAAGACAGUAAACAAGCAGCCGAAGCAAUGGUACAAUUAAGUGGAGUUGGUUAUUACAAUCAACAAGACGAAUCAAUGGAUCUGGAUAAUUAUGAUCCAUCCGACUUUCUACAGAUGUCAAGCAAAAAAGAUACUUCCGUUAAAAUUGACUAUACGAACAUCAAGCAAGAGCCACAAUCACAAUCACAAGUCUAUGAACAAGAAAAUGAAUCGUUUAGUAUGUCGGAAAUGUUGCUGUACGAAAAGCAUACAACAAAAGUGGAACAGUCCGAAUCAUCGGAGAUGACAGUUCAAUCACAGGGAAUUGAUUUUUCAUCCCAAGAGACUUAUUCGCAGGAAAUGACAUCGCCACAGCAAAGCACGACUCAAAGCGAUAGACUGCAGCCCAUGGACGAUGUUGGUAUUCACGAUGAUUUAGCCAUUUCAGACAGUGACGAAGAGCCGCAACCCGCAGAAACAGCAAGAAAUCACUCUGAAAAUGCCAAUGAUGAUACUGACCUUUGGUUUUGAUUGAAAUAUCGACAAAUUAAAUGUUUUUUUUUUUUAAAUAAAAGAUAUGGAAGAAUA